CAGUUUGACGAGGAGGGUGGCCCGUUGGUGCAGGUGUGCCGCGCGCGUCUGCCUCACGCGCCGAUGUUCUCGGUCGGCUCGGACUUUGCACAUUUUUCUUUUUCCUCUCCCGCGUUCCGAAUACACACGGCAGCUUUGUUAACUGGGAAUCGUCUGCUGGUGCAAAUGCUCGUUUGUCAUUGGCCAGCGGCCAGUCCGUGGUCGCCCUUUAAACUGCGCGCGCUGAGACUGGCCAACGCGGACGCGCUCCGGAAGGCGGAUGGAUGAAUUCUCACAGUUGCAACCGUAGACAUCAAAUAUAAUGCCUGCCUUCGCUAAUACUCUGAAUUCCUGCCGUGAAAUCAGCCUCCAAACAAACGAGUCAUUCCUAUGUAACCGAAUUGCCCUGAAUUAACUACCGAUUUUUUUUCCCCCCUCUGACAAAUUUUUAAAUAGAGAAAAUAACAGCUGUUUCCCAAAUAUUUUGUCGUGUGUGAGUAAAUGAGAGCCAUUCACUUUGUGCACUUUUUGGGUUGCUCUCCUUUUGAAGUUUACGGGGUCGAUUCGCCACAUCCAAUAUGGCGACGCGCUGCCGUACAUCCCAGCAACGGUCAUGCUCAAGUUGGAUCUACGAUACGUCAUGUCUGUGGAAGAAAACCUUCACAGCGGUGAGAGGGUGUUUGACAAUUAAAUACAUUGAACGUCAAUUCAGAAGCGUCCUGUUUUUUUGUUUUGGGUUUUUUUAAACGCAAAAGUUGGAAGGGAAUGAGUAUAGCUGUAGCACAGUUACUCCUGAAAGGGGUGCUGUAAUGAUGAUGAAGAAGAAGACAACCUGAAGCUCAUCUGGUUAAGCUCGUUUACUCAGACAGAUUACUGCAGUCUGUACGCUGACCUCAGCCCGUGUGUGUGUGUGUGUGUGUGUGAUUAGAGUGGAUUUAAAGAUGUUCACAAGCAGCAGAGAAGUGAGUACACUUUAUAUGUUUUGCAUUUGUGCUUGUUUUUACACUGUAAAUAGCUUCUUUCUGAUGAAAAGAUAACCCAUAUUUCUCUGAAAAGGUUUGAGGACGCACUUAUGGACAUCAUCCAGCACGCCUCUGGUGCCCACUCACGUAAACGGGAAGGAGUCGUCACUUCUUGUCACAUUUAGGCUUCGUCAUCGUCAUCGUGGUGCUCAACGCGUUUUUGGGCAUUGCCAUGGGAACCGAGUCCCACCCAGAAAAAGCCCAGGAGUUGUUUGAUGAGUUUGUUUCAGCAUCUACCUGCAGGGCGGCGCUGCGUUCCUUCAGCCAGCUUUGCGAGCACCUGGAUCUGGUUCUGGAUCCGGAUCACGGCGGCGCCGAGCGGCUGCUUUACCGGAGCAUCGAGCGGCGCCUCAGCUACUGGAAGGCCAACGCUCUGUGGGCCAAACUGGACCGUCGGGCUUCUCAGCAGGAAUACUUGCAGAACCGGGCCUGCCGCAACACUACCUGCGCCGUGAUCGGGGCGGGGCCUUGCGGCCUGCGUGCGGCGGUGGAGUUGAGCUUCCUGGGGGCCCGCGUGGUGGUCCUGGAGAAGAGGGACUCCUUCUCCAGGAACAACGUGCUCCACCUGUGGCCCUUCACCAUCCACGACCUGCGCGGACUCGGCGCCAAGAAGUUCUACGGAAAGUUCUGCGCCGGCUCUAUCGACCACAUCAGUAUUCGUCAACUUCAGCUUGUUCUGCUCAAGGUGGCGCUGCUGCUCGGGGUCGAAGUUCACGUCAACGUGGAGUUCAAGCGUGCGGUGGAGCCGCCUCAUGACCAACGACUACACAAGGCGGGCUGGACGAUAGAGACGUGGCCAAAGUCUCACAUUGUCAACGGGCUGCAGUUCGACGUCAUUGUGGGAGCAGACGGUCACAGGAACACCUUGCCUGGUUUUCGGCGUAAAGAGUUCCGCGGGAAGCUGGCUAUCGCCAUCACGGCUAAUUUUAAAAACCGAAACAGUCGCGCCGAGGCCAAAGUGGAGGAGAUCGGCGGCGUGGCGUCCAUCUUCAACCAGAAGUUCUUCCAGGACCUCCGACAGGAAACCGGCAUCGACCUGGAGAACAUGGUGUACUACAAAGACGACACGCACUACUUUGUGAUGACAGCCAAGAAGCGCAGCCUGCUGGACAAACGAGUCAUUUUACAGGACUUUGCGGAAACCGAGCUGCUUCUGUCUCGGACUAACGUGGACCAGAAUGCAUUGCGGGCCUUCGCUCGCACGGCCGCCGACUUUUCCACAAAUCGUCAGCUUCCGUCUCUGGACUUCGCCAUUAACCACUACGGACAACCGGACGUGGCCGUGUUCGACUUCACAUCCAUGUACGCGUCCGAGAACGCCGCCAUGGUCCGGAGGCGCCACGGGCACCAGCUGCUCGUCACGCUGGUGGGGGACAGCUUGCUGGAGCCUUUCUGGCCAAUGGGAACGGGCGUCGCUCGCGGCUUCCUGGCCGCGCUUGACGCGUCUUGGAUGAUUCGUCGAUGGUGCCAAGGAGCUUUACCUCUGGACCUCCUCGCUGAGAGAGAGAGCGUGUACCGUUUGUUGGCUCAGACCACGCCAGAGAACAUGCAGAAGAACUUUUCUUCGUACUCUUUGGACCCGUCCAGUCGAUACGUCAACAUCUGUCUGAGCGUCACACCUGAGCAGGUGAGACACUUGGUUGACACGGGGGAGAAGGUGGGGCGAGACCCAGAAAUGGUUGACGUCGUUGAAGCGUCGCCAUGGAGACCAGAGUCCCUGUCCGAGUCCAAUCGGCUUCUGCGGUGGUGUCGGGAGCAGACCGAAGGCUACUGCGGCGUCGCCGUUAGCGACCUGACGACGUCGUGGAAGAGCGGCGUGGCUCUGUGCGCCCUGGUUCACCGCUACAGACCUGAGCUCAUAGACUUUGACUCACUGAACCCGGCAGCGGAGGAAGAAAACAUUCGCUUGGCCUUUGACGUGUGCGAGCGAGAAUUUGGAAUUUCUCCUCUCGUGACGGCGGAAGAGAUGAAGUCCGCGGCAGAACCGGACCCGCUGUCCAUGGUCUUGUACCUCAGCCAGUUCUACCAGCUGCUCCGAGAUGCCCCGCUCUCUUCGGGGUCACUGUCCCACAGUUCAGAGGUCAGAGUGGCCCUGGUGACCCCGGCCUCCCUCCUCAGCAGACUUGGACUUAACCUGGCACGUCAGCAAAGGUCAAAGGAGCCCAGGGGCAGUCUGGGUAAGAAGCGGAAGUGUAGUGGGCCGCACCGAGCUGAGCAGCAGUCUCCCGAGCCGCAGCGCGAUCGCGUCGUCGCUCGGGCUCCCGGCUCCCGAGUCCGUUCGAUGGCCGACCUGCUGCAGGCGAAGCUGGGCCGCAACUCUUCUUCUUUUUCUUCUUCUUCCGCCGCUGCUGCCGGUUCUGAGCUCACACCGGAAGUCGACUCUCAGCUCGUCGCAGACCGCGAGGAGACGACGACGUGCGUCAGCGACGUGUGUUUCUUCUGCCGCGAGAAAGUUUACGUGAUGGAGCGUCUGAGCGCCGAAGGUCUUUUCUUCCAUCGUAGCUGCUUCGUGUGCCGCCUGUGUCGCGGCACGCUCAGAAUCUCUGCCUACCGUUUCCACGCCGCAAGCGGAACGUUUUCGUGUGCGCAGCACUGCGAGUCGUCCGCUCGUCGCAGUCCUUCCACGCUCGGCAACAAUCGCGUGCCGUCAUGUCAACGGCGGACAUCUUGUGUAAGGAGACAUGUUGCGUAUGAGCUCUUCUCCUUCUGGCGUGCACACAUUACGUCGCUGUCGUCUGCGGAGUCUUACGUCUCCAUGGCAACAGAGUCUCGCCGUUUGUCAGUUUUUUCCGUGAUGUCAGUGACCCGUGAGCGAAUCGAAUUGGAGAACGACAAAGCGGAGGCGGCGGAGAUCUCUGAGGAGAUCCUGACGGGUUUCAACCUAAGCGCAGAAAAAGACGUCCAGACUUCCAGUUCUGAGUGUGAGGCAGAGGCGCCGACUUUUGCCUGUCAGACGUCCGAAGCAGCAUGGAAGGAGGCGCUGAUAGGCUGUGAGGAUGGGGAAGAGGAGAACGAUGAAGAGGGAGACGAGCUGGGCAGUGAGGAAGAAUCCGGUGACGAUACGAGUGACGUCACGCCGUCUGAGACUCCGCCCCUUGACAAGACUCUGCCUCUCCCCGACACGCCCUCCACCACCUCCUUCAUCACCAAGGUUGACUCCGCCUCUUCCAUCUGUACCAUCUCUCCUUUUGAGAAAGGGGUUCCGCCCACCGAGGCGCUUGUCGUCAUGGAAACCACGACAGCGGGAGGAGCUUGGGCGUCUUUGGACAACAUCUCUCUGAAGAAGGUCCUCCCGCCGCAAGAAGAAUGUGUAAAGGGGGCGUGGCCAGAUGAUCUGAUGAGGCGUGGCCAACAUCUCAAGGCUCCACCCUUCUGUCCAUCAGAAGGAGGUGGGGCCAGGGCGCUGUGGAAGGCGGUGUUUUCCAGGAACAGGAACAAGAGGAAAGAGCGGGCCUGCGAUGUCCCCGUGCUGGAGGACGAUGAUGCGAGCUGGUCCGCUGUGCAGCACAGAUGCUCGCUGGUGCCCAAAAACAACCUUUGUUUGGAGACCAUCGAGAUGACUGCUCAGUUAGAGAGACUUGCAGUUAAUGAGCAGGACGGCGCGGCGCAGAUGUCGAUGUCCGCGAUCACCUCUCAGCCCGCGUACGUCCCUCAUGCGCUGGCCUUCAAGCGGGCGAGUCCCAUCAAGUUUUUGCGGGAGCCCUUCCCAAGCAGAGGUCCUCUUCAGGACUCGGACGGACGUUCGUCCUGCGCCACAGAGGUGGUGGGCGUCCUGGUACAGCCCGAGGAGCCGUCCAGUCUGAGCGUGCCCGAGAGCCUGUUCCGCACGGAGAACCGGUUCCAAACGGGACGCCGGGAUGAGCAUCUGGACCCCAGGAAGCGCCGUCAGCUUCAGAAGAGCACCCGCAGACGAGCGAAGCAGCGGGACCUGAAGAGGCUGCACAAAGCUCAGCUGAUCCAGAGACAGCUCCAUCUGGUGGAGGAGGAGCAGCGACGUCUGGAGGCCAAAGGCGUCGCGCUGGAGCGAAGUGUCAGAGGAGAAGGAGUGUCCGCUCAGGAGAAAACGAGCCUCAUGCAGCUUUGGUUCCAGUUGGUCCAGCAGAAGAACGUUCUGGUUCGAUACGAGUCCGAGCUCGCCAUAUUUGCACGAGAACUGCAGCUGGAAGACCGGCAGAGCGGACUCCAGCAGGAGCUGAGAGAGCGGAUGACGCUGGACGGACGACGAGGAUUUCGCCAUGGAGUGCGCCAUCCUGGAGGAGAUGCUGGAGGUGGUCGAGCGAAGGAAGGCUCUGGUGCCUCUGCUGGAGGAGCUGCGACUGCAGAACCACCAGGAAGACCAUCAGCUCAAAGCCACAAUGUUUGGACAGGACUGGACCUGAGCCAGGGACUAAGGACCUCUGAAGACCUGGUCUGAAAUCAACACCACGAUCUGCGAUGUGUCUGUCUACUGACCUAAAGGUGGGGGCAUAAAGUGUUCAUCCUUCCAAAACUCCAUCCAUCUGUUUUCUGUAGCACCGAUCCCGAUUUGCUACACCCGGGACCGGUCGCCUGUGAAUUGCGGGGGGGAGGGGGGGGGGAACAAGCAUCUGCCAAAACAUUCGCAGCACACACGGAGAAUUUCCAGUCUUCGAUCAAGCUAAGGUGUGAACAUGUUUUUGGAAUGCGGGAGCAAGCCGGAGUACCGGAAGAAAACCCACUGGAGCACGGGGAGAAUGUGCAAAUGGCUUGCGCGAAGGCUGGAAUCGACCCCCAAGUGAAGCCAAACUUAUCGAUGAAAAACCAUCGUUGAUCGAUCUGCGUUCUGAUCAUUGGCCGGUGACCCGUCCAGGGUGGACCCGGCCUCUCACCCCAAAGUCACCUGUGACCUGAAUGAGGAAGUAGCGCUCUAGAAAGCAGAUGAAUGGGUCUUCUGAUCAUGUGCCAACUGGAACUGCUCAUCGAGUUCAAUUUGCUGAUUUUAAAAUAAAAAAAAUA